ACAAUAUGGCGCGAGUGAAAUGUCAUGAUCGAAGAAAGAUGUCAGUAGAAUGUUUACAUUUUGUGUUAUUAAUUCAAAGUUUCACACAAUGCUUUCUUCACACAAUAGCAGUAGAAAGCCACAGUCAAGCAUUUGUACAAACAGACAACCACCUUACGUACAUAGGAGAUGGAAGAGAUAUUAAUGGAAUACCUUUAGAAGUUAAUCCAGGUCAUACAUAUAGUGCUGAAAAUAUUAUUUAUAAAAAUUCUGUUAGGUUAGACCCACCAUGGCUAGAUUUCCAAGAAAGACCAGUUGGAAUGCCAUUUAUGGAACAAGUUGUUGUUCACAAUACAGACAGUAGAAAUGAUUUACACCUGCUCUCCAUAUCGGGCAGUACAGUUCAUUUCCACUGCUCAUUUUUUCAAGAAAAAAUUGUUCCGCCUGGUGGCAAUACAACAUUUGAUGUAGUAUUUUUAGCCCGAGAGGAGGGAAAUGUAGAAAAUACUUUAUAUAUCCAUACCUCUGUGGGGUCUUUUUCUUAUAAUGUUUUUGGAGUGGGAAUACCUAAUCCAUAUAGACUGAGGCCAUAUUUAGGAGCAAAAGUUCCACUAAAUAGCAGUUUUUCUCCCAUUAUAAAAAUACAUAAUCCCUUCAGCUCAACGUUGCAGGUGACAGAAAUGUUUUCUAGUGAAGGAGAUUUACAUUUAGAAUUACCUUCAGGGGAUUUAGAGGCCCCCAGGAGUUUAUGGGAGAUCCCUCCCUACGAGACCAAAACUGUUAUGAAGGCAAAUUUUGUAGGGAGGGUGGAAAAUAACCAUACUGCCUUCAUCCGAAUAAAAACAAACCAAGAGCAGACGAACAAUUUAGUUAUUUUACCUGUUGAAGUGGAAGUUAGUUCAGUUCCUGGUCUGUAUUCCCCAGCGGAGAUGAUAGAUUUUGGAAUAAUGAGAACACUUGACGACCCUGUAACAGUUAAUCUUAACCUUGUCAACACUGGAUUUAAGCCCAUUCAUAUUUCAAGUGUAUCAGUUUCACCUCCAAAUGAAGCUAUUAGUAUUGAUUUUCGUCCUACAAAAUUACAACCAGAUAUUUUACGACACACAUCGGUCGCUAGAAUUACUUUCAAUGCUGAAAAGGCUUUACAUAGAAAACAGUGGUCAGGAAAGAUAAUUGUGAAAUCCAGGAAUGGCCAGCAGAAAAUUACAAUUCCUUAUAAAGCAGCUGUACUCCAUGGGUCUUUGGUGUACAGCGUCAACAAUACAUACUUUUUUAGUGCCAGAGACAUCUGGAACAUCACUAGAGCGAUAACUUUUACCAACACCUUUAACUUCUCUGUUGUUCUCUACAACAUCUCUAUUCCUAGCCAAUUCCAUCACUUCUUCUCUAUUCUUAAUUUUACUUCUCCUUUUAUGCUGAAGCCGAGGAAGACUUCUACACCGUUUUAUCUCCAGUUUCAUCCCAACGAAACGCAGCUCCAUUUUACAACUUACAUAACACUACAUACCAAUGCUUCAACUUUUACAAUUCCUAUUAUUGUUUACAAUGGGCUUCUUACGGUUAUUCCACAUAGACCUGAAAAGUUCAAAGGUCAAUUUGAUUUUGGCACCAUGGGAGUGGAGGAAAAAAGAAGUAUGAUAUUUACCCUCAGGAAUGACAACCCCAUUGAUGUUCAUAUAGGGGAGAUCACCCCAGAUAUGAAUGGUACCAAGGUGUUUUUUCUUGGAAUGGAAAGAGGGAAUGGGACAAUGUUAACUCAAAGACAUAACAUUACAGAAGUGGAUUACAACUUUCUGAAGAUCAAACCAUACCAUUAUGCAGUGUUUAGGUUAAAUUUAACAGCACCAGACCAUGAAGGGGUUUUUGCUUCAGACAUGCUGAUUACAACACAGUUUGAGGAUAUUUGGAUACCUAUAGCUGUUCGUACAGCUGAUGGGAGUCUUAUAGCUAUCCCAGAAUCACUUCAUUUUGAUAAAAUGUAUCCUGGUAUGGUAGAUUAUCGAGUUUUACAGAUUCACUCCACAUUCCGUGACUAUAUGGAAGUAAUAGGAGUAACAUUCCAGCCUCCAGAUAGUAGAUUUUACUAUGAACCCCCCAGUACUGAAAGAAUACUCCUUAUUCCAGAUAAACCAAAUAAUGUUGGUAAAAUAUAUUUUGAUGCAAAAAGAGAGUGUAAAGAUGAAUGCUAUGUAGGUUUAGCAACAAAUACACCAGCUGGUCAUCAGUGGUUGCUUGGCCUAGGGUUAUUCCGUGAUGUAAUAGAAACAGAUCAAUAUUUAUACACCAAGCUGCAGCAAAAGUGGCGAACCAUUCAAAAAUCUAAUUUAAAUACUGCCAAUGUAACUAUAGAAAUGGACACCAAUGAAGUCCGAGGUUUUUUGUAUUCUGCUCAAGCACACUUACAUUGGCCUUCUCUAGUCAGAAAGUGUCAUAUUAGAUUUCCACUAACACAAAUAGGAAAUAUUUCAAUAUCAGAUUUUAUUGUGGAAAAUCCAGGAGAUAUUCCAGUUUUAAUCCAGAUUUUACCACUACCCCUCUAUCCUAAUCCACAGACUAUAGCAGAUCUAUUAUACAGAAAUUUUAGAUUUUCCACAGAUCCAGGUGACACCAUUGAAAUGGAUGACCUGGAUAUUUUUACUUUACCUGAUUUAGAACAAUAUAAUCCCAGUCGACAAAAUCCUGUCCCUGGUUUUAGAAAACACAUUGAAACUUCAUUAGGAGUGAAGCCACACAAACUUAGUAUAACCACCAUACUGCAGCCUGGGGUCAAGGUCAAGGUCAGAGUGGGAUUCCAACCAAAGGAUGAUAUUUCUAGAACUUCAAUAAUACUCAUAAGGAAUAACUUAACAAUAAUAGAUGCAAUAGUUGUACAAGGACAGGGAGGUAGGGGAGAAAUGAAACUUAGCAACAAAAGGCCGGGAUCUUCAAUACCUCUUCAGUUUGACAUUACAGAAAAGCACCUCAAAAAUUGUGAUAAAAAGAAGCAAACAAAAAACACAAUGGUACCAAAUUUUACAGUCAGAAGAUCGUUUACUUUAAAAAAUACAGGAGAACUUCCAUUUUUUAUCCAUAGUUACAGCAUAAAUGGGUCACCAUGUGAAGGUUAUGGUUUCCGAGUUUUAGAUUGUGAGGGUUACGAGAUGUUACCUAAUACCAGUCGUAAAAUAGACAUAGCGUUUACCCCUGAUUUUACCAUGUCCAGGAUAAGAAGAAUUUUAACAAUUCACAGCAGUUUAGGACCUGUCGCAAAUUACACACUACAGGCCACCAUACCCCCACAUACUCUGUCACGCUGCUCAGCGGCUCUUCCCCGUCCCAACUGGGAACCAGUUUUAUACUACUCAAUCACUUGUGUUAUGGCUUUCUUAUUAUUCUGCAUUCUUGUGGCAGCAUAUUUUGAAGCUGAUCGGAUUUUUGUUGCAGAUAUAAUUCGGAGGAAGAUUAAAUUUAGUAGUGCAGCACAGACUUUUGAUAGAAAUAAAAUAUUUGAUCUCAGACAAGUUGCAGGGUUAACUUCAACACAUACUCCAAACUCACCCACUAGAAUAACACAAGUUUCCCCACUUCUUACACAAAAUAAUAACUUAACUACCAAAACUGCAGUGAACUUAAGUAACGGACAUGUAGAACACAGGAGCCAUAAAGAAGCCUUUGGAAGUACCCUUUUGAAAGUUUUAAAGAAGUUGUUUGCUUCAAAAUCUUCAAGAUCCAAUAAUAACAAAAAAUCAAAGGUAGAAAAAGGGGAACCAGUUAAAGAGGAACCGGCUCAAUCCCAGCAGGUGCCAAAAGUCAAAUCGGCUGACGAACGAACGUCAGUCAACCAGGAAUCUACAGAGAAAUCCAACAUGACACAGAGGAAUAAAAACAAAAAGGCAGCACGCAGACAACACUCAAGUGAGCUUUUAACCAAUCAGAGCGACGUUUACAACAGUGGUCCCCAGGAGGCCAAACAGAAUGAUACCAGUCUUACUUACAAUAGACAAAACAGCCAAGAACACCAUGAUAAGAUGUAUAAAAACUCUCAUAAAACUUCUUCUACUGGAUUAGAUGAUUUUAAUCUUGUGGAGGAUCCAAAAUCUGACAUAUCUGACACAAAAUUGAAGAAUCGUAAGAAAAACAAAAGCAGACCAGAAAUAAUACCCCGAUACAUGACUCAAGCAAGUGUUGAUGAUGAAACAUCAUCCACUUCUACAGAAUCUUCUGUUGGUGAUGUUGAGGAGAAGAGUUCAAGUGCCCGAGACUCUACUCCUGAACCGCAGCACCAUCCCAAACCGAAAAAGUCUAAACCCCGAGUUGUCAAAACCACUGGACAUUAUGACAAGACUGCAGAUGAUGCCGAGUUUGAGCUGACAUCCAAAUCAAAAGGACACAAGCGUAUCAAGGGCAAGUCAAAGGACGUGUAUGGUGGAGACAUCUUCCAUCCUGAUUCCCUGGAAUUGCCAUAUGAUAUGGAAAAAUUGGAAAAGAAGGAAAAGUCUAAAAAGAAAGCUUUGAAACUUCAGAACCUUAAAGGUGACUCGGAAAGUUCUGACAGUCGAGGCAGCCUGGAUGAGCCGAUGCCUAACUGGGACAUGCCAGUCAACUCCCCCGAUGAGGAUCUCAGUGAACUAGCUCAGCAGACAGCCCGAUUUGCACAGAAACAUGGAAAGAACAUGACACCAAAUGGAACUACCCCCGACAUAUUGUCCAGCAGUUCACGUUCAAGUAGUUACAGUGACAUAGUGAGCAGCACUGAAAAUGGAAAAUACAAGGAACCACGACGCAUCAAUACUUUCCCUGGGCUAGAACCUAACAUCCCAGCUGCCAUUGGAACAAAAGCAAGAGCUGCACCCGUGGGAUCAGGCAAGGGACGCAAUGUUUGGAAUGCCACUCCACCCACCACCCCAGACUCAGUACUUGGAAGCUUUGGACUCCAGACCAUUCAGGAAACUAAUCGCCUACCGUCUACCGAGAACAUCCUGCCGACAUCCCUCCCCGACACUCCCCGUGUAGAACCAGAGGUUCCCGCUGAUCCUUUUGCUCCUGCUGGUGGACCAUUCUCUGGAAACUUUAUGAAUUACCCAAGUUCCCCUGGCUAUGAUGCUCCUCAGACCAUGAUGCAGAAACUUCAACAGGAAAGACGUAUCCGACUGGCAGAACACAAGCGUAGGAUCAUGCAAGGUGAAGAGUGGCCUGGUUUUGAUGUGCCCCCUGUCGGCAGUGAGAGUCUUUGGGAUAAUGAGUACAACCCCCUAGCCGCUAAGUGGUCAGCUGGACUUGAUACCCCCUCAAACCUGCAGGACAAUACCAGUCUAUGGAGCACCCUGACUAACAGUGCUAACAGCAGCUGGAACUCUCUGAUGAGUUUUACGUCAGGCUGGGGUUCCCAACAACCCAGCACUACCAGUGCUGAGACUACCCCCACAGAAUCCGCCACUGUCCCCCCUAGAACUCAGCAGGAAAUAAACUCGGGCCAAGCUUUCAAUCCAUUCAACACAAUGUCGGACAUCUGGGGACCCAAUGCCACCACCAAUAGUACUGGAUGGAAUGUUCCCAGACCCGACAACCAAUAAGCUGACUUUUACAAAGCAACCUUCUCACUAUUACAUUAAAGAUUAUCUCUUAAAUUAACAUUUUUAUUGUGAAUAGGAACAUGAAUCUUUGAUAGUUUUUACAAAAAUUAAUAAAUUUUGGCUAUUUUGUUGGCUUAAAAGAAAAAAAAAGUUAAGUGGACACUGGUGUAUAACUACAUACACAAAUACAGUAUCAAUCAGUAGAUAACUGUUUAGGAAAUGUCAAGAUUUAUGAAGAUAUGUAUAUAUACGUAUUUGUAAUUUUAUUGUCAGCUGAUGUUUAAAAAAUUGUAUUUGUGUUGGGUAAACAAAUAUGGGAAGGAUAAUCUAGUUUGAUAUUUUUCAUUGAUUUUUUGGUUUUGUUUUUGUUUUGUUUUUCACUCAUUUCUCUGUGAAUGAAAACUUCAUAUUAAGGAUUGAUAUGCAUGUACAAGAACACGAACAUUAGAUAUCAAAUCCAAAUAUUGUUAUAAUGAUUUUGAAAACUUCAAGGGAUUUUCAUAGUUUGUUUUCCUUAUUUAUAAGUUUUGUGAAACUUUAUCCCUUUUCAUUUUUUUUCUUUCCCCAAGUUUUGAGUUUUGAAAAUUUGAAUGGUUUGCUCUUAAAUCUUAAAAGUGAGAAGGUUGCUCAGCAAUGGAUUCCUGACUCGGAUUUAUGAAAUACGGACUUGAUAAAUGGAUUGUGAUUUAUGAAUUAACAGAAAAACUCCUACCUGAUUGUGACUUGAUGUGAUGCAGUAUGGCAUCACUGCUCAAUGGAUAUGACUCUAAAUACUGGAUUUGACUUAUGUGCCCAGAACACGAUUGUGUUUCAUGGGUAUUAUAUUACUGGACUUGACAAAUUUUAAACAGGGUAUUAAUCAUGUUGAUAAUGUGGAUUUAUCCUUGUAGACUCUGGUGCCAUUUUUAUACGGCAUAUCAAAACAGAGUAUUGCAGGAUAAAUGCCACUGGUCUGCUACUGCUUAUACUAUGUAAGUAUACCAAGUACAAAUCUAAUUUAUAAACUCUAUCAGGAUGUAUAACCAGCUUUACAUCUGGAGGAAAACAAGAAAAUAAUUGACCCAAAGUUCAUUUUUUACAGAAAAAUAAACAAAGCUAAAAUUAAGUUUUCCAAGAGACAGGUUCUCUUAUAAGAAACAGUAAAGGGUAAUUUUUUUUUUAGGUACAAAUGUUUUUAUAAAUUGUUGUUUUUGAUUUAGUAAUUUUUAUUAUCUUGAUAUUUUGUUAACAUAAGAAAGGAGAGAAUUUUUUAUGUCAGUUAUGUAAGUGUAAUUUUUUUUCUCACCAAAGUCAGUAGUUAGAAGGAUUUUGUAAGAAACAAAAUCAAGUUGUUUUUAAUUCUGAGAUUUUACUGCUGUUUUUCUUCCUGUGUCAGAUUUUGUUUUAUUAUUAAUGAAAAAAAGAAACUUUCAGUAUAGAGAGUAGUCUUCUAAUACUGGUAUAAGUAAUACCGUUUUUGUACCAAAAUCUGAGAGACUGUACAAUGUAACACUCUGUCUUUCCUCAUGGUAACCUCUGGAGUGGGGUCACUUUGAGAAGCUCACUUGAGGAAUGUGUGUCUGUUAACAAUCAUAAAAAGUAAAGCAAUUUUAAAAAAAGCAAUAA